UUAACUUUCUUCUCAACAAAAGAAAAUAUAUAGCUAGCCACACACAGCAUUCGCGUUUCAAUAUUAUCAUACAGACUAUUGAUCUUAUUUGCUGCAUGAUGUUGUUUAUAACAACUGUAUUAUCUCUUAUAACUUUAACGUUUUGUAACAAUGAAUUAUGUCGGACACAAUGUGAUAGCACCUAUCCCCUUCAUACCAUGGAAAAGGUAGAAGAAUUACAAGCUUGCUAUUCUGGUUGCCGUUUUUCGUACAUCAAUGAAUUGAAUUUAAAGCAGAAUGAAAACUCUGUAGCUCUUUGUAAACUAGAUUGUGCUGGUGCAUUUCAAAAUUACAAGAAUUUGGAAGAUGGCUGUAAAAUUGGAUGUAAGCCUGUAGCAGCAAUAACUCGACCAAAAAAAUCUGAGGAAUUAUAUGAUUUUCGUUGGCAUCAACAGUUAUUGCAGCCAGUAUUUACCAUGCAAAAUUACUGUGUAAGGGUGUUUUACAAUGCUCGAAGUUAUGUAAGCUCAACAUAUCUGAUGGAAGAUGGUAAUGGCGAAAAAGUAAUCUUCAGGUUACAGUUAUCACCUCAAGUAACAUUUGGAGAGCAAGAUGAGAAUGUUCUCGUAGAUGUCGACAAUGAUUAUCAGCGAGCGCCAUCAUCAACACAAUCGCAAUCUUCUUAUUUACGACAAGCGUACGACCACAGCUCGAAAUGGUUUAACUGUGUCCAAUCAAAAACCGGCGUGCCGUAUUUACAUGUUGUGACGGUGUUGUUGCUUUCGCUGUUGUUUAUCGCAUGGGUGUGCUGUAGUACUUGUGAUGAUGACGACGAUGAGAAGGUGGAAAAAAUACAAAGGAAACACGUGUUUGCUCAAGAUUUUUACACAGGUGGAGACUGUGAGAAAGUGCCACUCUUCACCAUCGAUCCUGAAGAAGAGUUGGCAUUACCGAAGAAAUUACCAUACUUGUAAUGUGUCGUAAAAGACUCGUAAUUAUAGUAAAUUUUCGUUGUUUCGCUUACUCUAACUUUAACGAACGUUAACACUUACGGGUAACAUAAUAUUUAAUAUACAUCGGUGUUUCGAACGCUCGCGGUGGGAAAGGGGGUUUGUUCCAAUUAACGAACGUACGAUUACAAGAGGAACAAAGGGAGCAAUGAAUUUGUGCGAAAUGGUGGAUGUUUGAAUUAACAACUUUUUAAUUUAACAGUGUGUAUGUUAUUCCCAGGGUAAUUUUUUUGGCUGUAUUUAUUUUUUGGUCAUGAUUUUAGCACGUCAUUUUAUUCUGGUCUGCAUUUUUGCGGUAUGUGUAUAUAAAGAGCAUAGGGAUAACCUUUAUUGCUUCCAACACCUAAAUGAGUUACUCUAGGAUGCUUAAUACAGUAAAAGUCUUGAGUUGCUGUGGUGAAAAAUCCAAGACUAAAUAAGGGUUGGGAAAGUAUAGUUUAAGUCAGCUAAGUAACUUUUGAAAUAGCAAAUAGGAUUAGCUUUCAAGUUUUCACUUUACUGUAUUUCGCAUCCAAAAGUAUUAUUUGCGCACUAUUAUUUUGUAUUUGCUAUUAUUGUAUUGUAUAUAAACUUUGUGUAAAUUGUUUCCUUUUCUUUA